CCCGGAACUGAAGAGGGUUGCACCUGUAAUGCUAACCUGCAGCUAGCCUCGCCGGUGCUGCGCUCCGGGCUUUUACCUUCCUGCAUCUCCUGAUAUUCAGUUAACCACCCUAAGAUCUUGAUGACAGCAACUGUACUGCAUUUGUGUCCCUUCCUGGUGGAGAUUUCCCGCAGCUGAGACGCUAAACAUGAGAGAAAGGUUCUGUGUGUUGUGACUCAGCUUGUGUGCAGCGAUGGAGAAGCCGUGGCGGCUGUGGGGGGCGAUGGAGCGUUGCACCCUGACUCUGGUGUCCUGGUCGUGGGGCGCCUGCCGAGUCUCCCUCCUCGCCCUCAUCCUCACCUUCCACCUGUACGGGGGGGUUUUCCUCCUCGCCCUCAUCCUGGCGUCGGUGGCGGGCAUCCUUUACAAAUUUCAAGAUGUUCUCCUCUACUUCCCCGACCAGCCGUCCUCCUCCCGGCUUUACGUUCCCAUGCCGACGGGAAUCCCGCACGAGAACGUGUUCAUCCGCACCAAAGACGGCGUGAAGCUCAACCUCAUUCUCCUGCGUUACACGGGAGGCGACGCUCCUCCCGGGGUCACCUCCGGCAACCAGAGCAGCCCCGCGUCCUCCGCUCCACCCACCAUCCUCUAUUUCCACGGUAACGCAGGUAACAUCGGCCACAGGGUGCCCAACGCCCUGCUGAUGCUGGUGAAUCUGAAAGCCAACGUGGUGCUGGUGGACUACCGCGGCUACGGGAAGAGCGAGGGCGAGCCCAGCGAGGAAGGGCUGUACCUGGACGCCGAGGCGACCCUGGACUACGUCAUGACUCGCCCCGAUCUGGACAAGACCAAGGUGGUGCUCUUCGGCCGCUCGCUGGGCGGCGCCGUGGCCGUGCGCCUGGCGUCCGCCAACCCUCACCGCGUGGCCGCCAUCAUCGUGGAAAACACCUUCCUCAGCAUCCCCCACAUGGCGGCGACGCUCUUCUCCUUCAUGCCCAUGCGCCUGCUGCCCCUGUGGUGCUACCGGAACCAGUUCCUGACCUACCGGCAGGUGGCGCUGUGCCGCAUGCCGUCGCUGUUCGUGUCGGGCCUGUCCGACCAGCUCAUCCCGCCCGUCAUGAUGAAGCAGCUGUACGAGCUGGCGCCCGCACGGACUAAGCGGCUGGCCAUCUUCCCCGAGGGGACGCACAACGACACGUGGCAGUGCCAGGGCUACUUCGCCGCUCUGGAGCAGUUCAUGAAAGACUUGCUGAAGAGCCACGCCCACGAGGAGAGCGCCCAGCCCUCGGCCAGCGUCACCAUCAUCUGACGAGGCGGUCGCCGUGGACCGUGAGGAGAAAACGCGGUCAGGAUGAGAGCGUUUCUUUCUCGGUGGGAACGGAAAGAAUGUAAUUUCCUUUUUUUCUUUUUUUUACUCUUUAUUUUCACUCUUUUUACCUUUUAUGUAAAUUUGAUAUGUUAAAAUAUUUUUGCUCUUCCAAGGUUUUAAGUGACGGUAACUCCACCACCACCACCCCCCCAGCUCCCGGGUUCUCUGUGUUGCAGCUAUGAAUGCAUGCAUCUGCAAACUUUAAUGAAUGAAGCCAGAGCUUAAACACGCUUAAACCAAAAACACACGUCUCACAAGGGCCGUUUCCUUUCACCGAAACGAUUGACGAGAAUCCAAACUUCUAAUAUUGUCUAAUUCUGUUAAAUGAGAGUCAUUUGUUGGGGGGGUUUAAUGUAGAUAUAUACAUAUUGUUAAUCCACCGCACUUUUCAGUUCAGACGUCCCUUGCUAACAUAUUCUGAGCAAUACUCCGAAGAGCAGAACGAUGUUUCUGUUUCCUGCUGUCACCGCUCGUGCAGCGUCAUGGCGUGUGUGAUUAUUUAUUAAGACGUGUUUUCAGUUGGCGGAGGUGAAUCGGUCAGAACCAUUAAGUAACAUCGGCACUUCUGCCCGCGAAAGCCGACUUCUUAAGGACUCGUUUCCUGUCGAACUACGUCUGCGUCAGUGAGAUUAGAGUCGGCCGCGGGCGUUUCAACUCUGCACCGUUUCCGUCGUGUUUCAGCCGGGUUCGAGGAGUUCAUGCGGCUUUUAAACUGGUCUGAGGCGUUCGCUUUGGUCUUGUUUGGGGCGGUUCUGGUCCGUAGUCGAGUGCAACAAUAAAAGUGUGCGUCCUGAAAGUGAACUGUCACCGGCUCGUCAGUCCCACGACGACGCAUGCGCUGAGAAAGUAUGUCGGCGCCGAUAAGAAACUGAAAUACACUUCUCAUUUUUUUUCAAGAGUUCUGCUAAUAAAAGAAGAAAUUACAACAACAAAAAAACUCUUAAAUCAAUUUCAACAAGGAACUGCAGAUUUCUGAAGAAUUUGAGAAAGAAAUACUUGGAAAAUAAAGAGAAGAGGGCUACUAAAGGCCCGUUUUAACUUCAAUUGGACUUAUUUCCCCACCUUUCCAUAUUGAAGGGGCCAAUAAAUGAUUACCAGGACUUGAUCCCUUCAGUCUGCCGUGUACGCCGUUGUGAGUAUUGUAUUGACAGCUUUAAAGAAAUGAAACAACCCUGUCGAGAACUAGGAAUAAAGAGUCUGCAGUGUUUGUGAUUAUUUAUUAGCCAUUAUUAUUAUCACCAACAUUGAAAUAGUUAAUUGGAGGGUUCCGUCUCCCCGUUCUUCAACGGGGGAAAGUGGCUUCCCUCUCUUGGAGGGCUUUUAACAAGCUAAUUAACCUUUCGUGCACGUCUUCCACAGAGCAGAGCGCGGCGAUUAAAACACCAUUUCUGCUCUUGAUUUGUAAAUGCAGCGCGCUGCAGUGCAGUGGUGAGGAAGCCAUCAUUCAACACAUCUCUAUAGCCAUAAUUCAUUAAUUUAACAAAAAGAAAGAAAAAAAAAAAAAAGACUGACAGCCCCAAAAAGCCCAGUUUUGUGUGUUUUCAUGUACUGAAAUGGUGUGCAGGAAAUGAAAGUGCUUUCUAAACGGUCAUGUAUGAAUAGCCCUUUUCCCAGCUGUCUGAUUUUCGUUCUCUCUCUCUCUCUCUCUCUCUCUCUACGAUUUGCACUGAACCAACAUUUUUUGUGUAAUAUCAAAUCCACAUGCUGAAAACAGUUGUGAAUAUAUAUCUGCUGAUUUGAUCCACGAACCUUGUUCUCUACGCCUCUGCCGUUGAUUUCAUGUCGCACCAUCUUCCUCAUUUAUGAAAACAUCUAGGAACAUUUUCUCCUCUUUCUUUUUUUUUUGUUAGCUUUCCCUAAAGCAAAUUUAAAAAAGGAUAAAAUACCGGACUUGUGUGUUGUCUCGGCUCAACACGCUUUGAACCGAACUGGAAUAAAACUGAAUGUCCUUUUAAUCUUGAUGUGAGAUGAUCUGCCUGGUAUCAGAUACACUGUGGAGAGCAUCUUCCACGUCUGUGGAUUAAGCAGAAUGAAAACUGGUGCAAUUUCAGAUGAAUGAAAUGCUUUCUCAAUCUGGCAUGUGAUUACGUCGAGUCAAACUUCUUUAACAAACUCUUUAAUGUACAUUUCCCACGAUUCAAACCUCGACUCUCCCGCCGAGAAACGCAGAUGAAACCUCCACCCUGGCAGACAUCUGAAUGAGUCGUUUUUAUCGUCAGUAAGAACCUCUCGGUUCUACUGCUGUUUGUUUUUUCUUCCAUUUUAUGCUAUUUUUCUUUUCUAUUUCAAAAUUGUAGACUUCUUUUCUAAGCACACAUUUUCACUAUUUUCUGUACUGUAACAUGCAAUAAACUUCUGGAUGAAACUUU